AUGUCUUGUUCCAAGUAAGUGUCCAACCAUGUUUAAGUGGUUCAGCAGGUCACACUGGAGCCAUGGAGGACAUUCAUGGCCCAAUGACCUAAACCAGGUUUAAAGGACCACUAUAGUGCCAGGAAAACAAACUUGUUUUCCUGGCACUAUAGGGUCCCCCCCACCCUCAAGGCCCCCCUUCCGCAGGGCUCAGGUGGGGUUAAAUGAUUACCUUUCUCCAUCGCCAGGCUUCCUUCGGCGCUGGGGACUCUCCUCCCAUUCUGACGUCAUCCGCGGCAAGAGCCGUGCGCACAUUCAAUGAGUCCAUAGGAAAGCAUUUCUCAAUGUUUUAAUAUGGACGGCAGCGUCUUCUCACUGUGAAAAAUCACAGGGAGAAGCGCGGAAGCGCCUCUAGCGGCUGUCAAUGAAACAAAAUAUGUCUGAAACAAAACAUAACUUUUAAUAAGAGUAUUAAUCACUAAAAAGUUUCAAAGGACAGAAGAGACCAACUACAACACAAAACUAAUAGUACUAUACACACAUGUACAAAACAAUGUUAAAAAUAGCAGAAACUGGUCCACACUGCAGGUAAGGUAGUAAGUACCCCUAAAAAAGUGGUUUAACCCCAUAAGGACGGAGCCAAAUGUACACGUUGUGAACUAAACAAAAUGUAAACAAAACCUGGCAUUUGAGCUACAUGUCUGUCCAACCGUAAUUCACCUCUUUCAUAUUAAAUUUACCCACCCUUAUUAUAUAUCAUUUUAUUCAGGGGAAACAGGUCUUUCAUUUUUAUCAAAUAUUUAGCUAUGAAACAUAAUUUAAUAUGAAAAUAAAUGGGAGAAAAUAAGAUUUUUUUUAGUUCUACAUGACAUUUUAACUGUCAAUUUCAUAAUACUGUUUGCUUUUACUGCAAUAAAAUACACAUAUUUGUAUUCAGCAAAGUCUCACGUGUAAAACAGUACCCCCUAUGUACAGGUUUUAUGGCGUUUUGGGAAGUUACAGGGUCAAAUAUAGCACGUUACAUUUGAAAUUGAAAUUCGCCAGAUUGGUUACGUUGCCUUUGGGACUUUAUAGUAGCCCAGGAAUGAAAUUUACACCCAUAAUGGCAUACCAUUUGCAAUAGUAGACAACCCAAGGUAUUGCAAAUGGGGUAUGUCCAGUCUUUUUUAGUAGCCAUUUGGUCACAAACACUGGCCAAAGAUAGCGUUAGUAUUUGUUUGUGUGAAAAAUGCAAAAACCGCCAAUUUUGGCCAGUGUUUGUGACUAAGUGGCUACUAAAAAAGACUGGACAUACCCCGUUUGCAAUACCUUGGGUUGUCUACUAUUGCAAAUGGUAUGCCAUCAUAGGGGUAAUUUUCAUUCUUGGGCUACCAUAGAGUCUCAAAGGCACCAUAACCAAUCUGGCAAAUUUUAAUGUGAAAAAAAUGAAACGCAAGCCUUAUAUUUGACGCUGUAACUUUUGAAAACACCAUAAAACCUGUACAUGAGGGGUACUGUUGUACUCGGGAGACUUCGCUGAACACAAAUAUUUGUGUUUCAAAACAGUAAAAAGUAUCAUAGCAAUAAUAUCAUCCGUGUAAGUGCUGUUUGUGCAUGAAAAAGGCAAAAAACUUCACUUUUACUGGCGAUAUCAUCGUUGUAAUACACUUUACUGUUUUGAAACACUAAUAUUUGUGUUCAGCGAAGUCUCCCGAGUAGAACACUACCCCCCAUGUACAGGUUUUAUGGUGUCUUGGAAAGUUAUAGGGUUAAAUAUAGUGCUAGCAAAUUAAAUUUCCUUUACUUUGGCAUGGGUUGUCAGGCAGGUCCCGCUAAUUGUAAUUAAUUAAGAUACCUAAUUAUGUAAAAAUAUUACAUAAAUAUAUAUGUAGAAUAAUAUAUAUAUAUAUAUAUAUAUAUAUAUAUAUACGUAUGUGAAUCUAUAUGUGUAUAUAUAUAAUUUAAAAAAAAUUAUUUUAUUUAUAUAUAGGUAUAUAUAUAGUGAUAUAUACGUAUAUAUUUAUGUAUGUAGAUAUAUAUAUUAUUUCGUUCUACGUGUAUUUUGAUAUAAAUAUAUAUAUUAAUAUCACAAUACAGUUAGAACGAAAUAACACAUGUAUUUUUUAAUUUUUAUUUAAUUUUUUAACGUAUUUACAUAUUUAAUUUUUUUAUAUUAUAUAUAAAUAUAUAUAACAAUAAUUAUAUAUAUAUUUAAUCAGUAUCAGUCUACCUGUAAUUUGAAUAUAUAUAUAUAUAUAUAUAUAUAUAUAUAUAUAUAUAUAUAUAUAUAUAUAAUCUAAGUAUACAUUUUUUUUUUUUUUUACACUUUAAAUUUAUUUUAUUUUUAUUUUCAGCCAACAGGGGGACCACCUGUCAUUACAGACAGCCUGCCCGGAGCUGGAAAAAAAAGAUAAGUUUUAACCCCUUCCUCUCCCCAGAGCCAGACGGGAGGGGGACCCUGAGGGUGGGGCACCCUCAGGACACUAUAGUGCCAGGAAAACAAGUAUGUUUUCCUGGCACUAUAGUGGUCCUUUAAUAAUGAUAAUUCUGACUCUGCUUUGGCAUCUAUGUAUCUCAGUAGCUUCAGGGAUGUAGCCAAAGGUAUAACAAAAGUAGCUAACAGCUUCUGUGGUUAGGAAAGUGUAGAUGUCUGUUUAGUGAAGUGUCUAACGCUGGAGGUAGAAACUCCUGCAGUAAUAUCAGAUGUAGAACAGGGUAGGAUAGAGAGGGAAAGGGAUCAACAAGAAUACUGUCCCUAUUGUGCCUUCGAUCCCUUACCCCUAAAAUGACCCUAGUUUGAAAUGCAAUAUAAUCCACCCGCUCUAGAGAUAAAUGAAAAUACAAAAUAAAAAGAUGAAGAGAAAGAUGCCAAAACACGGAACAAAUUAAAAAGAGUUGUUCCUAAAAGCCAGAAAUUGCUGCAAACAAAUAUUGUGGACACAGCAAUGCCCCAGAGCCCCUGACGUACGUUUCGCUAGAUCAGCGCAUCAAAGGGGAGACUUUUCCAGAAGGGCUGAGAGUUUUAAGAGACCGCAAGUUGAUUUUUUAUAAACACUACUCCCUGCUAAGUACCAGCGUCUGAUAGUUAUCCAGUGUAAACACGGACACUAACUUUAAAUAAAUUUUAGGUAUGGAUUUUGGGACAGUUUGCGAAUUUUAUGGCGCUAUAUAAAUAAUAAUAAGGGCACAAAUAAUUAUAUUAAUAGUUCUAAGUUUGAUAAAAUCUGCACUAUAUUUACUUUUUUUGUUCUAAGACAUUUAUUACUGGCGUUUAUCUAUUCAGGAAUAUAGCACGUUUAAUGCAAACAUUCAGUAAUAGAACAGCGGAUAUUCAUUCAUUCAUGGCGCCAGACAGGAUGCGAGGAGGAACGCAAUUUUAAAACAGGGAUUUGUGAUAUUGGUCAGGUAACUUUGAUCUUUAUUGUAUGUAUUGGGGAUGAUGUGUACUAUAGUCAUUGCUGCCGCCCAGGAGUAGUGGGAGUUAGAGCUCAGAGUGUAAUGCUAUACAUUAGAAAUGGUGACCGAGAUUACAUAAUAAUUGGGUCUGAAUUAAGCCGAUAUAACACUAAGACAUUAUAAAUGGUAGCUGUAGUGACUAUAACCCAGUGUGCUCGUACCGCAGAGAGCUGUCAGUACGCUCACUAUAGCCCUCACCGGCCCUCACUGAAUCUCUUCCCGCCAAAAUAAUCGUAUCUUACCACACGGGCCCGCGAGACGGAGAAUACUGUCUACUUCCGGUUUUCUAGUCUAUCAAACUCAGCAUCCUUCAGCGAGUUCCGGAACCCCGCCUCCCCCGCGGUAUACCCGCCCACAACUUCUCAACCCCGCCCACCCACUCCGAACUCCGCCUUUCCAAAUUACUAAUGAGUUGAAGAAUGUUCCGUCUUCUUCUGACCCCAUGCUUACAAAACCCCGCCCCCAUCAUUGAGCCCCGCCCUCCAGCGUGCCGCUCAUACAGUGUCACCUCCUCCCCCGCCCCCGCCCCCCGCUGCAAAGCACGAACAGUUCAAGUUUUAGGUUGCGCCAGCUGAUUGGCUGGGGCUGCCGCCGAGCCGUGACGUCACGACCACUAGCGCCUGCUGACACACUUUUUAAAUGUGCUCAGCUGUGCGAACCGUUUGGGUGUUUAUUAAAGGAGCAGACUGCCGGAGAGCACGGACUGUGUACACAGGUACUGACAUAAUAUAAUAAUAUAAUAACAACUAUAAUGGGAGAGCACGGACUGUGUACACAGGUACUGACAUAAUAUAAUAAUAAUAAUAAUAAUAUAAUAACUAUAAUGGGAGAGCAUGGACAGUGUACACAGGUACUGACAUAAUAAUAAUAUAAUAACUAUAACUGGAGAGCACGGACAGUGUACACAGGUACUGACAAUAAUAAUAAUAAUAAUAUAAUAACUAUAACGGGAGAGCACGGACAGUAUACACAGGUAAUGACAUAAUAUAAUAUAAUAACAACUAUAAUGGGAGAGCAUGGACAGUGUACACAGGUACUGACAAUAAUAAUAAUAAUAAUAUAAUAACUAUAACGGGAGAGCACGGACAGUAUACACAGGUAAUGACAUAAUAUAAUAUAAUAACAACUAUAAUGGGAGAGCAUGGACAGUGUACACAGGUACUGACAAUAAUAAUAAUAAUAAUAAUAAUAAUAAUAAUAAUAAUAUAACUGGAGAGCACGGACAGUGUACACAGGUACUGACAAUAAUAAUAACUAUAAUAACUAUAACGGGAGAGCACGGACAGUAUACACAGGUAAUGACAUAAUAUAAUAAUAUAAUAACAACUAUAAUGGGAGAGCAUGGACAGUGUACACAGGUACUGACACUAAUAAUAAUAAUACUAACUAUAACUGGAGAGCUCGGACAGUGUACAUAGGUACUGACAAUAAUAAUAAUAAUAUAACUGGAGAGCACGGACAGUGUACACAGGUACUGACACUAAUAAUAAAAAUAAUUAUAAUUACUAUAACGGGAGAGCACGGACAGUGUACACAGGUACUGACAUAAUAAUACAAUAAUAACUAUAACUGGAGAGCACGGACAGUGUACACAGGUACUGACAAUAAUAAUAACUAUAAUAACUAUAACGGGAGAGCACGGACAGUAUACACAGGUAAUGACAUAAUAUAAUAAUAUAAUAACAACUAUAAUGGGAGAGCAUGGACAGUGUACACAGGUACUGACACUAAUAAUAAUAAUACUAACUAUAACUGGAGAGCUCGGACAGUGUACAUAGGUACUGACAAUAAUAAUAAUAAUAUAACUGGAGAGCACGGACAGUGUACACAGGUACUGACACUAAUAAUAAAAAUAAUUAUAAUUACUAUAACGGGAGAGCACGGACAGUGUACACAGGUACUGACAUAAUAAUACAAUAAUAACUAUAACUGGAGAGCACGGACAGUGUACACAGGUACUGACAAUAAUAAUUAUAAUAAUUAUAACUGGACAGCACGGACAGUGUACACAGGUACUGACAAUAAUAAUACAAUAAUAAUAAUAACUAUAACUGGAGAGCACGGACAGUGUACACAGGUACUGACAAUAAUAAUUAUAAUAAUUAUAAUUGGACAGCACGGACAGUGUACACAGGUACUGACAAUAAUAAUAAUAAUUACUAUAACUGGAGAGCAUGGACAGUGUACACAGGUACUGACAUAAUAUAAUACAAUAAUAACUAUAACGGGAGAGCACGGACAGUGUACACAGGUACUGACAUAAUAAUAAUAAUAACUGGAGAGCACGGACAGUGUACACAGGUACUGGCAUAAUAUAAUAACAACUAUAACGGGAGAGUACGGACAGUGUACACAGGUACUGUCAAUAAUAAUAAUAAUUAAUUAUUAUUAUUAUUAUUACGGGACAGCACGGACAGUGUACACAGGUACUGACAUAAUAAUAAUUAUAAUAAUAACUAACGGGACAGCACGGACAGUGUACACAGGUACUGACAUAAUAACUAUAACUGGAGAGCAUGGACAGUGUACACAGGUACUGACAAUAAUAAUAAUAAUUACUAUAACUGGAGAGCAUGGACAGUGUACACAGGUACUGACAUAAUAUAAUACAAUAAUAACUAUAACGGGAGAGCACGGACAGUGUACACAGGUACUGACAUAAUAAUAAUAACUGGAGAGCACGGACAGUGUACACAGGUACUGGCAUAAUAUAAUAACAACUAUAACGGGAGAGCACGGACAGUGUACACAGGUACUGACAUAUACAAUAAUAAUAAUAACUAUAACGGGAGAGCACGGACAGUGUACACAGGUACUGUCAAUAAUAAUAAUAAUUAAUUAUUAUUAUUAUUAUUAUUAUUACGGGACAGCACGGACAGUGUACACAGGUACUGACAUAAUAAUAAUUAUAAUAAUAACUAACGGGACAGCACGGACAGUGUACACAGGUACUGACAUAAUAACUAUAACUGGAGAGCAUGGACAGUGUACACAGGUACUGACAAUAAUACAAUAAUAAUAUAAUAACUGGAGAGCACGGACAGUGUACACAGGUACUGACAUAAUAAUAAUAAUAAUAAUUACUAUAACUGGAGAGCAUGGACAGUGUACACAGGUACUGACAUAAUAAUAACUAUAACUGGAGAGCACGGACAGUGUACAAAGGUACUGAUAUUUGUAUAAUAACCGGACAGUGUACAACGGUACAGACAUAAUAUAAUAACUGAACAGUGGACACAGGUACUGACCUAAAAAUACAGGAAAACAAAAUGAUUUCACUUUCAAUCAGAUGCAACUUUAAAAGUUCGUAUCUCUUGUUCUGUAAAUCGAACUUUAAUGAUAUACAGGAGAAUCCUACAGGUUCGAACAAGCUAUUAACAGAGCAGGAGAUAAGAAAUUCUAAAUUAAAACAAAAUUGCAAUAAAGGAAGUGUAAAUAUUAGAUGACUCUUUACAGGAAGUGUUUAGGAAAGCUGUUUAAGUAACAUGCAUGGUGGUGUGUCUAGGGCUGUAUAGGUUCCUAAAUGGCAGAGAUAUGAGCAGACUGCAGGGGCAUGACUAAAACUGAGUUAAAGGGACACUCCAGGCACCCAGACCACUUCUGCCCAUUGGAGUUGUCUGGGUGCCAACUCCCACUACCCUUAACCCUGCAAUUGUAAGUAUUGCAGUUUUUAUAAACUGCAAUAAUUACCUUGCAGGGUUAACUCCUCCUCUAUUGGCUGUUUACUAGACUGCCACUAGAGGGCACUUCUGGAAUUAUAGCACAGAUUUUCUGUGCUAUAGCGUCGCUGGACGUCCUCACGCUAUGUGAGGUCCUCCAGCGUCGCUAAAAUCCCCAUAGGAAAGCAUUUUCAAUGCUUUCCUAUGGGGUGGUCUAAUGCGCGUGUGCAGCAUUGCCACGCAUGCGCAUUAGGUCUCCCCCCGCCGGCGGGCGUGAUCAGUCUCCCCGGCCGGCUGACGUGGUGACGGGAGGAGCGUGGGUGGACCAAGAAGCAGCGCUGAGGGACAUCGUCGCUGCCUCUGGUAAGUCACUGAAGGGGUUUUGACCCCUUCAGCAACCGGAGGUGGGAUGGAGAGGGGACCUGCAGUGUCAGGAAAACAUUUUCCUGGCACUGGAGAGUCCCUUUAAGCAACAGUGUUUUUAUAGAUUAUUUUUUUUUUUUUUUUUUUUUUACUAUAGUGUCCCUUUUUAAUGGCUGAUAAGUCACAGCCUGGCUAUAUUUUGUCAAAAUUUUGCACAAGGCCACAUUUUAGAAUUUAGUGAAUAAUCUCCAAAGUGAGUUUAACACUUUAGGCCACAGUUACUGAAUUGGAAACAUUUCAAAAAAUUAUGUUUUCAGUUUGUGUUUUUGUAAUGUUUUAGACAAAAAUGUGGAAUUCACAAUCAAUUCUUGAAAGUUUACAAAUUCAUGAAUACAAUUGUGUUAUGCAAUAUUUUAUGUUUUUUUUUUGUGUUUUUCUUUAUUUUUUUUCUUUAUUUUUUUUUUUUAAGGGUAUAAUCAGUCAGAAAAAAAUUAUUUUAAAGGGACACUUCAGGUACCAAAACAACUUAAUUUGAAUUAAGUUGUUAUGGUCCCUGGAAGACCCUGGAGUCAUUUUUACUUCAAGAGGUUAAACCGUUCUCCAAUGGUUUAACCCCAAAGUCUAUUCUCAUGUGCUGUUCUGCCCUGCCACCUUUCCUUCUGCUUUCUGAAAUUCUUCAUAACAGAAGGCUUCGACAGGGGCAACUUAGACUGGCUUAGAGUGUGUGUCUCUAGGGCAGCGUUUUCCAAUUGAUGUUCCUCAACUCAAAUGGGGUACCACCAAAAUUUUGGGAAACAAAAUGGCCGCCACGAUAAAUUGAGGUGCGCGGCGAGGGAACUGAGCUGGGGUGAGCGCUCCCUCGCUGCCCGCCUCAAUUAUCGCGGCAGGCAUAGCAGUGAUGGCGAAACCGGAAUAUGACGUGACUCUGGCUCCAGUAUAACUAAGGGCACGUGAGGGAGGCUUGGAGUGAAAUUUUAAAAAAGAAAUAAAUUGUGUGUUUGUCACAGUGAGUGUAUAUGUCUGUCAGUGAAAAUGUAGGUGUGCUUGUCAGUGAGUGUGUGUGUGUUUGUCAGUGAAAGUGUCAGGGUGUGUAUCUGUGUGUCAAGGUUUGUGUAUGUGUCAAUGUGUAUUGAUGUAUGUAUACACUGGAUAUGUAUGUGUAUACAUACAUCAAUGUGUUUUGUAUGUGUCUGUGUGUGGUGUGUAUGACACUGUGUGUGUGUAUGUGUCAACGUGUGUGUUUAUUUGUGUGUCAGAUACAUACACACAUUGGCAUAUACAAACACAGAUACACACACUUUGACACAUAGAUACAUGCGCGCGCGCACACACACACACACACUCUGUGUGUAUCUGUGUGCUAGUGUGUAUCUGUGUGUCAGAUUCAUACACACUGACACACAGAUGCACAUACAAACACAGAUACACACACUUUGGCGCACAGGUACACACAGUGUUGAUACACUAUGUCAAAGGGUUCCAGGGGAAAAAUUAAUUGGGAACCCCCGUGUGCUGGACUGCCUGGCACCCUGACCGGGCCCCUCAGUCAAUCGCUGCUUCCUAGUACUUGCAAGCACCAUAAGCACUGCACUGGAACACAAUAACCUCCGUACACCCCCACAAACCGCCGCAGAUUGGGGAUCUUGCCGUCCUCCACCCACCUUGGACCCAAGACCAGGAUCUAGCUUCCAGUGGGUGAACCUCUCUUACUCCAGAUAGUAUAGGAGGAACAGCUCUUAUAAGAGCUAGUGAUUAAACCCAGAGGAGUAUUGUGACAUAGCUAUCCCCAGAGUGAAUGUAGUUCUACAUUCCCCCAAACAUGAGCCAAGACUUCAUGAAGGGGUAAAACUAAUCUCUGUUCAAUGGGAGCCACAACUGGCAUCUUAUGCAAGUCCCCAUGCAAGGGGCAUUCCCACAUGGACCUUGUGGGGAACUACAAUACACAGUCGCAGACCAAUGACAAUAGAGUUUAAAUGCACGACACUCCCAUAUACAAACAUACAAUCCCUCCCCUCUGCCUGGGAGAUAAUUGAGUCAGAUACUGUAUUUACUCAAUUAUCUUCAUGCAGAAAACACACAUUUCUAUAAAACCCCCAAAACACAUAAUAUCCCCACAAAUAUUACAUCCCCCGAUAGGCCUGAUCUGGUUGACCAACAUAUCCCAAAAUCACCCAGAUCAGUUUAGGGGUUCAGGAAUUCUAUGGAAGUCACAUUUUGACCGCACGCACGGUCCCAUGCCCAAAACCGUUCCAGAGAAUCAGACUGCGUGGUCGGUCUACUUCGGGGAUACUAAGUGAAAUAAAUACCAAACGUAUAGCUUCGGGAGUAGUCUCAGUUCAUGUCUCUCAUUCGGAAGUUUAGUUUUACUGGACCCGUUCGACUCCCGUUUGACUAGCCGAACAUCCGUGGAAGGUAAAUAGUUAGCGGUGUUCGUGACGUUGAGUGUCCGAUUUGAGUUCCAUGUACUAGUCUACCAAAUACCACUCAUUGUGCUCGCGGCUUAAGAUGGCCACAGUCACGUUUUCAAAUGCCGCUUCGGGAGUUCGAAGUGUUACCAUUUAAGUCAUAAAAGGCACGAACAGUGGUUUUAACAAAGUUUUGUCACAGGGUAGGAGGCUGGCAAGUAGGCUUCUCCAGGAGCUUGUGGCAAACUCAUGUAAAAAGGGGAGUUUGUCACACCUUGGUAGAGGGGGUUCAGUGUGUAGGGGCUGAAGCAUUCCCGCCCCCCGCCCCAUUCGCACUGCUAUUUACCCACUGUUUUGUAUUCUAUAAGUAGUACGUUUAUAAUAUUCAAAAACACACCAAUAUAACGAUAUUACUGCAUUUGUAAAUCAUCAGGUUCUGCAGCUUGUACUAUGUGCUCUGUAUAGUCCAGAAAGAAACUCAGCCAAUCAGGACACACCCAUAUAUUUCUAUGGCCGUUUUAAGUUUAUUCAAUGCAUUAAAGGGACACUAUAGUCACCUGAACAACUUUAGCUUAAUGAAGCAGUUUUGGUGUAUAGAACAUGCUCCUGCAGCCUCACUGCUCAAUCCUCUGCCAUUUAGGAGUUAAAUCCCUUUGUUUAUGAACCCUAGUCACACCUCCCUGCAUGUGACUUGCACAGCCUUCCAUAAACACUUCCUGUAAAGAGAGCCCUAUUUAGGCUUUCUUUAUUGCAAGUUCUGUUUAAUUAAGAUUUUCUUAUCCCCUGCUAUGUAAAUAGCUUGCUAGACCCUAUAAGAGCCUCCUGUAUGUGAUUAAAGUUCAAUUUAGAGAUUGAGAUCCAAUUAUUUAAGGCAAACUACAUCUGUUUGAAAGUGAAACCAGGUUUUUGUUUUUUUUCAUGCAGGCUCUGUCAAUCAUAGCCAGGGGAGGUGUGGCUAGGGCUGCAUAAACAGAAACAAAGUGAUUUAACUCGUAAAUGACAGUGAAUUGAGCAGGGGAAUGCUCUAUACACUAAAGCUGCUUUAUUUAGCUAAAGUAAUUUAGGUGACUCUAGUGUUCCUUUAAUGUACAAAUGUGCUUUAUCUGCACCACAGUGAUUUCUGGGGUUUGUAGUCUUAAAUGGACACCAUAUCCACUACAGCCUACAAGGAGUGCUCCGGCAUUGUCCCACAGUUAGAUUUUAAGCCAUGCUAAAACAGCUUGACAAACUACCAGGGUUCUGUUGGGCAGAGUAUCACACCGGUUACAUCCAUUGUGCACAAACUGGACAAGACAGAUUUUAUUUUAGAGCAAUGAAGAAUAGAUUCAGGACCAUUGUAAUUGGCGGAGAGUGCUCACGUAGCCUUGCAUUAGCUCACUUAGCUCUAAAGUAGGCAUGUGCAUGGGGAAAAUAUUCGGUUUGGGACUUCGGCAACUUCGGAACUCUGGCAUUUCUGGACUUUUCUUUCAGCUGCUUGGUUGAUAACAACCUAAUUCCCACGGUAUUAGGGGGUUUUCUACCUAAAGGCUGAAAUACCUAAAUACCGCAAGUAGGGGCAUGUCUAUUAAGCAGUGAGCAGCCUGUGGUUUACUGGUCACUGGUUUAAUAGACAUGCCCCUACUCGCAGUAUAGCGAGUAGGGGCAUAAUUUACUAAUACUAAGUAAUGUUUACUUAGUAUUGGUAAAUUUGGCUGAAAGACCAAUUUAGUAGAUAGCUCCCUAAUACCGUGGGAAUUAGAGUUAUCUACUUAUUCAUUCCUGUCAUUACAUGACUGGCUAAGUAACUUACAUUUUAUAUGAAUGUGUGUUACUUGAUUGUUGUAAGUGUUGCCAAUGCUUACCGCUGAAUCCUGUCUAUGUUUGUAUACUUUUUAUUUGAAAUUGUAUACAGUGUAACAUUCUUCUUCUUCCACUGGGUAAGUAUAUUAGUACUUAGGCAAUACUGUGCUUUCGGAACUUGGGCACUUUGACAUCUGGGAACUUUGGCACCUGGGAACUUUGGCACUACUACACUUCGGAAAUUCGGUAAUUUCGGCACUUCGGCUAUUCAGACAUUCGGAAGCACCCGAAUGUCCGAAUUACCCGAAAUUCAGACGAAUUUUAAUUCGGACCGAAACGAAUUGCACAUGUCUACUCUAAAGUGAAGUCUGGUUUCUCUUUUUUGCUUUUACCUCUUUGUUGUGAUUCUCAAUAUGUUGAAUUAUAGCUGUGGAACACUGAACUUUCAGCAUUAUUAUUUUAUUAUAUAUAGCGCCAGCAAAAUCCGUACAAUGCGUGGGCUAACAGACACGUAAUUGUAACUAGACAAAUGGAUGCACAGUAACAGAGGGGCUAAGGGCCCUGCUCAAUGAGCUUACAUGCUAGAGGGAGUGGGGUAUAGUGUCCCAAAGGGUAUUAUAUUAAUCAUUCUUGUAUGAGAUUGCUAAUCUGUCAUCUUUGCUUUAGGUUGAAUAUGGUGUGUCACCAGCAAAAAGUACUGAAUUUGAUUAGAUGCUUCAGGCGACACAGCUCCCUCUUGAUUGAAUGCGAGAGGACUACAGUAUGUGGCGCAGAUAACAUGAUGCUGGUAUUGCAGUUGGCAAUGGCUGAAGUUAACAAAAAGGUAAGUGUGGAACAUUAACGUUCCCAUAAUGCAGUGCAUGACAAUUUUCACUAGGUGUACUGCUGAACCAGUGCCAAACAAAAGUGGCACAUGCUUAUCUUGCCACUCCUAAAUAAAGUGUUUCAAAAAUCUGUUUUUGCAUGUGCCCCCCCUCUAAAACUAAAAAGGUGGGGGCAAAAUAGAAAAAAUAAAUAACCAAAACAAAAAAAUUACCUUGGGCCCAACCCCAAAACAAAGUGACACACACUCAUUGUGGGCUAAAGUGACACUGGGUGGGGGUGCAUGCUACCAUGGUCAUCUGUUGUCUGCAUGCUAUGCGUGUUGAUGAGAUACGCGAUACAGCCAGUCUGGAACGAUUGUUACACCACUGACCGCAAUGUGCUAUAUUUCAGUAUGUGAUAUAGCGGUGAGCAGCAUUGAGGAAACCUUAGCGCUGGGGAAAAAAAGGGAAGUUAAAUCUUUUGAUGUAUUAAUAAAUAAUCUAUAUGACUAGGUACAAGGACACUAGAGGAUUGUGUUCUUACCACUAUAGUGUUCCUUUAACAGCCCCAAGGCAAAAAAAUAUGUGGUUUAUCACUAUGCAAAAUCUUGUAUUUGUGUUUUUGGGAGCUGUUUUAUUGUUUACCUGCUGCCAACCUCGCUCAGUGGAGAUAAUUGUCAAACACUUCUAAAACAUUUUGACAAAUUACUCUGGGAGGGCACCAUUGGGCCAUAAUGGUUAUAUAUUGCUUGGAUUGUUCCUUUUAUAAAUAUUACAUAGUUACAUAGCUGAAAAGAGACUUGCGUCCAUCAAGUUCAGCCUUCCUCACAUUUGUUUUUUGCUGUUUAUCCUAAAGAAGGCAAAAAACCCAGUUUGAAGCACAAUUUUGCAACGAGCUAGGAAAAAAAUCCUUCCUGACCCCAGAAUGGCAGUCCGAUUUAUCCUUUGUUCAAGCAGGUAUUACCCUACAUUGAAAGAUUAUAUCCUUGAAUAUUCUGUUUUUGCAAGUAUGCAUCUAGUAGCUGUUUGAACAUCUGUAUGGACUCUGAUAAAACCACUUCUUCAGGCAGAGAAUUCCACAUCCUGAUUGUUUUUACAGUAAAAAAACCUUUCCUUUGCCUUAGACAAAAUCUUUCUUUCUUCCAAACGCAUGGGCUCGUGGCCUAUGUAAAGUCCGGUUUGUGAAUAGAUUUCCACACAAUGGUUUGUAUUGGCCCCGAAUAGAUUUGUAUAAUGUUAUCAUAUCCCCUCUCAGGUGACGUUUUUCUAAACUAAAUAGGUUUAAAUUUGUUAACUUUUCUUCAUAGAUGAUAUGUUCCAUUCCUUUUAUUAAUUUUGUAGCCCGCCUCUGCACUUUUUCUAGUGCCAUAAUAUCCUUCUUUAGAACAGGUGCCCAAAAUUGCACAGCAUAUUCAAUAUGGGGUCUUACCAGUGAUUUAUAAAGAGGCAAAAUUAUAUUCUCGUCCAGAGAAUGAAUGCCCUUUUUCAUGCAUGACAUUACCUUACUGGCCUUGGCCACUGCUGACUGACAUUGUACAUUGUUGCAUAGUUUGACUAUAACAAUUCCCAAGUCCUUUUCGUGUGUUAUCCCUAAUUCGCUUCCAUUAAGGGUAUACGUUGCUUGUGUAUUCUUUAUGCAGAAGUGCAUAACUUUGCAUUUUUCAACAUUAAAUUUCAUCUGUCAUUUGAGUGCCCAGUCCCCCAGUCUAUCUAAAUCCCUCUGCAGCAAAGUAAUAUCUUGCUCACAUUGUGUCAUCUGCAAACACUGACACGUGACUUUCAAUGCUGUCUUCAAGAUCAUUUAUAAACAUGUUAAAUAGAAGGGGUCCCAGAACAGACCUCUGAGGGACACCACUUGCCACCUCUGUUCAUCUUGAAAAUUUACCAUUAAUGACAACUCUUUGUACUCUGUUUUUAAGCCAAUGUUCUACCCAAGAUCAAGCAUGUUCAUCUAGACCGAUUUCCUUGAGUUUGAACACUAGUGAUGUCCCGAACGGUUCACUGCGGUUCGCCGCGGACUCAUCAUUGAGUAAACUUUGACCCUGUACCUCACAGUCAGCAGACACAUUCCAGCCAAUCAGCAGCAGACCCUCCCUCCCAGACCCUGCCACCUCCUGGACAGCUCACUAAAAAUGCAGCUUCACAAUGGAUGCUGUCCAGGAGGUGGGAGGGUCUGGGAGGGAGGGUCUGCUGCUGAUUGGCUGGAAUGUGUCUGCUGACUGUGAGGUACAGGGUCAAAGUUUUCUUAAUGAUGAGUCCGUGGCGAACAGUUCCGGACAUCACUAUUGAACACUAAUCUAUUGUGUGGAACUGUAUCAAAUAUUGACCAUCUACAAUUAAAAAAUAAACAUGGGGAAAGAAUUUCUGGGUGCACACUAUAAUGAAAUGUGCUUUGCCCUUCUAUGCAGGAAAAAGCUAGGAUACAGACUGCAGCAGGCUUGUCUUUAAUGGCAAAUGUGGAUUCUUGAAAAACUGACCACCUAAUCUGUUUAAAAUACAGGUUUCUUAUCUAUCUUAUAACCAUUGUCCCCUCCUUCAGGAAAGCUUUUUAAGGUGCACUCUAGGAGGUACUGUGACCACUUCACCUCAUUGAAGUCAUUAAAGCAUCCGGACACCCUUGGUACCAUCCUUUUGAUUUGAAGUGUUAAACCAUUUAUAAGAAGUUUAUGUUCAACGAGAGUCCCCUCUGCUGCUGGGAUAAAGCGAAAGAAUUAGUAUUGGCAGCAAUGGUCGAUAAGAAUUAAGAAUUUUGAGAACUCAGUGACUUGUAGCUGAAAGGGAAAAUUUCUUGUUCUCCUUCCAGUUCAGCUGUUUAGGACUAAAAUAUGAAAUUCACCGUGAAUUCCGAACAAUUCUGACUAUAGUAAAUAAUUAUUUUAGACUGUCAGCUGAUCUUUCAGCUUAUCACAGCAGCGUAUUGCUGGUAUGACGAAGGCAGGUGUCAUCUCAGCUGUAGCCAUACCUCCUGUGGGGGAUGAGCUGUGGGCAGCAAUGAACCCUCACUCAGUGUUAAACUGUUUGAAUAUGGUUUAACAUUGAAUUGAGGGACGGCUCUAGUAAUUUAUAACUAAUUUUAAUUGGAUGAAAUGGUUAUAGUGCCAUGAGUCCCUCUUUUAGGUCAAGCCUUCAGUCACUAAAAGGAGGUACACACAUGGGGGAGAUCUUUAAAAGGGCAGCGUGGGCAGAUUAUCCAGAAAGAGAGGCUAAACCCACUGGCUUGGCCUUUUUCAAAAAGUGGCCUUGUUGACGUAAAAUUAAUACCUGGCCUGCUAAAUUUAUCCUUGUGCUGUGAAGGACAGAAGACAGACUUAUAGUAGGGAAGGAGCUGUCCCAUUUCUACUAAUCUCAGAGUUUUAUUUCCUGUUCUUUCAUCUGUGUUUGGGAGCUAACCAUGGUGAUUGAUCAGGAAAUAGCUUUUUCUGAUGUGUGUGUGUGUAAAAAAAAAAAUUAUACUAGUUACAUGGAUUCAAAAUGGGAUAUGGAGGAAAUCUGUUAAAAUUAUUUUCCUAGGAAAUGGCACAGUUGAAAUAUCUUUUGUUCCGAACAACCUGUCAAAAUUGCCUGAAGCUAUGUUAUUAAUUAGAAAGUCUUAUAAAUAUGAUCUUGCUGAUGUCUAUUGCUGGAGUAAAAAAUGUACCUUCUGAACUUCCUUCCAGCUUGAGCCAGCUGGCAUGUUCUGUCAGCCCACUCAUUUCUCUGAUUUUGACCACAUGUUGGCACAACCGAUGGCUGCUUUAUAAAACAAUAAAAAGUGCUGUCAUGGUGGGCACCUGAUCAGGAAAACUGAUCUCUAAGCAAUGUUGUUUUAUUUGGAAUUCGAAUGGUGUUUAACCCCAAAAUAAACACUCCUGUCACACUUCUCAUAACACAGUGCUUCAAGGCUUUGUAGAGAUUAUCUAUGCACCCAGCAUUACGGUUCAAUAGAAUCCUACUGUAAUGUAGCGCAAAGGGACAUUGCAUUCUGUUCAUGCUGAAAUGACUGUCUUGUUGUGGAUUGUUGGGUUGUUUCUGUCUGAAGAAAGGCAGUAACAACUCUUUCUUUUUAAGCUUAGCUUUACCAUUUACCACAAAGUGAGAACAGAAUGAAUAACAAUGUCUGUCAUGAAGCAGUGUGCCUUAAAGGAACACUAUAGGGUCAGGAACACAAACCUAUAUAUUCCUGACCCAAUAGUGUUUAAACCACCAUUUAGGUAGCUUACUUGCUCUUAAUCCCCUUAGAAGGGGUUAAAAUAUACCUUAUUUCCAGCGCCGCGGGGGUUUGCCAGUGCUGGCCCAGCCCACUCGAACCACUUGGUGACAUCAGAAUGUACGAUCUUUAGCCAUUGGCUGAAAUUGACAAGGGUGGGGCCAAACACCGGCUUGGGCAACCAGCCCCACCUCCUAGAGAUGCAUUGAACCAAUGCACUUCCGAGGGAAAAUUCAGCGUCCUGACCGGCAGUGCUGCCCAUUGUGCAGCACUGCCCCAGGAAGCACUUCUAGUGCUGGGGAGUGGCUACAUGAGGUAUCCUGAGGGGGGCAGUGUAAAUACUUCCUUUUCUAUGAAAAGGCAGUGUUUGCAUUAAUGCCUGAAUAUAAUGAUUAUACUCACCACAACAACUACAUUAAGCUGUAGUUAUUCUGGUGACUAUUGUGUCCCUUUAAUAACCAGAAGUAAAACUGUUACUUAUGGAAAAGUGGGGCGUGGGGGGAACAUUUUAAAAAUGGAGAGCUCCACCUUAAUACCAGUGCUGUGAAAUCCUGCUAAAUCCACUGGUUAGUGGAUUAAUUAAUGUGAUUUCUCUCUUGCAAAAUUUCCAUUUGGAUAUCAGGAUACUUCUGACAGCAUAUCUGAUAGGACCAGAGAGUACUGAUUUAUGUAAGGUGUUUGUUUUUGUUUUCUAAGAAAAGUCAGGCAGUGUUAACUUGUAAACAUAUAUUUCAAGAUGGGUAAAGUUUAAUUAAGGCGUCAAAGUCUUCACUGUUCUCCUCACACGCUUUAUAGAAAACAUUUUUAUUUUAUUUUAUUUUUUUGGCUCCUGAGAAAGCAAAGAUUAAACAAUAAUGCGCGGGAUCAAAAAGAAUGACAUUUAUUGGACUUUUUAAAGUCUUAACCUCAUACUGUUCAUACACAUAAAGUCCUGGGUUAGGUAGAAGAGAUCUGUCCCACUGUCCUGUUUGUGCGUGUUUUUUUUGUUUUUCUUUGUUUUUUUUUUUAAUGCAUGUUAUCUGUGCUUUGAAAGCGCGGGGUGAGCUUUUCUACAGUUUGAUAUACUGCACGGUUCAGAAGCUCAGGAGAUCUAAAGGAAGCUCCUGCUUAGGAGGUGGGGGGCUAUGCCCAGUGCUAGCCCAAUAACUUGUUUUUAAGUAGUUUGACUAUAUAAUCUUGGUUGGUGCAAGCUGUAGUGUCCGUGGUGCUUGGAAUGUCCCUUUGCACAUGCUCUUCACCUUUGCAUUGCAGUGCUCAAUUUUGACCAGCUUCAGUAGACCCAAAUUGGUCAGAUGGUUGAAAUUGAAGGUCCAAUUUUCCUGGCAGAAGUAAUGUUAUAAAAAAAUAUAUAGAAUUUCUCACACACUCAUAAGUAGUGUUCACAUACAGUGCUGUAUGAAUUACAAUUCAACAAGUGAUUGUGAUAGAAAAUGAAAUAACUUCCCUUAGCAAUAUAGGAUAUGCCCGAAGAUUUCCUCCUAUCUUCAAUUCAACAUGCAUAUAGUAUAGGGCUAUUCCAAGCUAGGGAAACAGAAAAUAUAUGGCAUAGUGCAAUACUGUAUAUACUGUGAUUGGAUAUAUGGGUAAGUGACAAAUGCUCACUCACACUUUAACAUCCCAAGAAGUGCUUUCAGAAAUAUGCUGUGUCUUCUUUGCUUCAGAUACUUGGUAAAUGUGAAUCUCACAUAAAAAAACAAAGUGCAAAAAAUAUAGAUUGAAUGCCUUUGAGUGAAGAGUAAAAAAAGCAUUUAUUACUUACAUCAAAGUAAAUAAAAGCAGGUAAAUCAGUCCAACGCGUUUCUUCCCUGUUAGGGACUUCCUCAAGGACAAUCUUUCACAAAGAUGAUGAAUAAAAAUACAUAUAAACCUAGUUACAAACAUUUCCCAAUAUAUACCACCCCCAAUCAGUCCCAAUAGUGGUUCUGCAGGUGAUUCCAUUUCUCUUCAGCUGUUUUCAAUUCAAAUUUGAGUUACUUCCGGGUUUCGUGUAUCCUGUGCGGUCAUGUGAUGUGCGUGAUGACGUCAUGCGUUCCAGCUAUGCGUUCCACCUUUGUUUCGGCUGUCACUCAUAAUUACAAACUGAGAUGUUGAAAAAAAGUCCCAAAAAAGACUGUUUCUAAAUAGAAAUACAAGUGGGGGGAGUAUACAAAAGGGAAUGGCAAAGAGGUUAAAAAGAUAUUGCUAAUUUAAAGGUUUUUUGAAUAAUCUUUAUUUAUAAAAAACAGGUUAAAGAGAUAUUACUGAUUUGAAGAUUUCUAAACAAACUUUAUUUAUAAAAGACAAAACACACACUAGUAACCUGUGUUUCUUACAUUAAUACAUUUGUAUGUCAGUGUGCAUGAAUGCUCAACUACAUAAGGCAACAUGCACACUGCAUAAUGUGAUAUGCACAAGCCAAGAUGUUCUAAAUAAUGCCAUAAAUGCAUUAAAAUAUUAAUUCUGCAAAAAAUGAAUAUAUAUAUAAAAAAAAUGAUAGUAAAAAAAUAUGUAAUAAUAAAACAUGGUAGUUUAUCUACCUUCAACAGAAAAUCUGUAAUUUUAAAAUUAAGAUAUAUCUAAUACUACUGGAAGACCAAGUAUUUAUAGUUCCUUUUAUAUUCAAUGGUAGGAAAAAAUAGAAUAGAUUCUUGGCUUGUUCAAUGCCAAAAAACAUAUAGAGGGAUAUAUGACAAUAUACACCACCCAUAGAGAGCAAAAGAAAAAGGAAAGAGAGCAGAGGAAAAAAAGAAUUACUCCAAAAAGCACCACAGAUCUAUGUCUGCAUUUAAUCCUCCUGGUUGGAGGGUUUUUAAUAUAUUGAUCCAAUACGUUUCUCGCUGUGCUAGUCUUUUAAUAAGGUUGCCACCCCUCCAAUGGUUGUCCAUUAUUUCUAGACCUAUAUAGUGGAAAUGUUUCCAACUAAAAUUAAGACGUGAAUUACAAUGCAUGGGAACCGAAUGUUUAUCAUGUUUUUUUUCUAAUAUUUUUAUGUUCCAAAAUUCGUUCUUUAAGUUUUCUACACAUUUACCAAGUAUCUGAAGCAAAGAAGACACAGCAUAUUUCUGAAAGCACUUCUUGGGAUGUUAAAGUGUGAGUGAGCAUUUGUCACUUACCCAUAUAUCCAAUCACAGUAUAUACAGUAUUGCACUAUGCCAUAUAUUUUCUGUUUCCCUAGCUUGGAAUAGCCCUAUACUAUAUGCAAGAAGUAAUGUUAUGUCUAUUUAUCUAACUCUGCUAGAUUGAGUUAUUCCAGGCGGUAUGACACAUACAUUACAAAACUUUCUUGUGGAUACUUUGUGACCUCCUCUGUUAAUUAUCACUUUGCACAUAAUUGUCUACACUAACUUUUGUUUCAAUGAGAAAAAAAAAAAAAACACCAGUAUCUGUUUCUUGUGCACUGUGAUUUUUCCUUAAUUUUGUUUUCUCUCCUCUCUUUUUUUUAGAAUGGCGGAGAAUUUUCGGUGUCACUUAGUGACCUGUUACUGGUAUGGAAAUACUUGCUUAAAGAUAAACUUGGACUACAUCAUGAUGCUGAAGAGGUUCCUGAAAGUUAUGCAUCUGUGAAAGAAAUGUAUAAUCUUUUCCUUAAAAACAGCAGCACGUUGGAUCUAAUUGAUCUACACGAGAAGUGCCGUACACUGGAGGAUUACAGUGAGCCAGACAGCUUAUCUUCUGUAAGUCUAAAUAAAACUGGACUGCCAUUCUUGUUUAGUUUUGGCAAUUCAUGAUGAUUUUUGUCCAAUUUACACUGUUGCAGGGGUCAAAACCUAUAUAGUCAUGUAUAACACGUGGAUAUAUAAAAGGGCACAGCCAUGGUGCUUCUGUAAUCAAGGCAAGCUUUCAACUCUCUGGAAUUUUAAGUGAAAGUGAACAAAUAUGCAUCUAAAUGAACUUAUGCUUAACUGUAACGCAAGCCAUGUCAUGGUAAUUUGGUAACUCUCUCUAUAGAGAGAUCCAAUAUGAUGUAACAAUUCCCAUGUGACGCUAUUAAAAUUAACGUGGUUUUUAUUUUAAUAUAUAAUUUAAUUCAUAAUUUAUUUUGUAAAUUGUUGUUAAUAUGUGCGAAAAGUUACAAAACUUACCACAACAUCUUUCUUUACUGAGCAGGAUCAGUUACUGGAAUUUAUUGCUGGAGGACAUCCUGACGAGACAGAGACCACUCUUAUGCCUGUGUUUACUCCAAGUAAAAAUAACCUGGACUCUCUGAAGGUAGCUGCUGCAGUUCUGUGCUGUUCUAAUACCUUGUGGAGAGUUGGUGCAGGGGGGCUACCUCUUUAAUGCUUUGUUUUGAUCUAUUAAGCAAUUUUAUACUAUUUCGUUAUGUUAUCACAUUGAUCUGACAGCCCACUCUGGUGGUUUAUAUUUACGUAAUCCAGGUAUAAUACAUGUGGUUGUUCGUUUUAAACUAAUUGCUUUCUUCUGAUCUAGCUAUCAUGUAUCGUUUGCUCCUCUCUCUAUACUAUUUCAACAAAAAUAGGUAGUUGUGUAGCUCUUUUGAAACCAAGUCCUACUUGGCAUUGCACUGUUGUAUUUAUAUUGCGUAAGGUAGCUUUUCUUAAUAUUGCUUGACUUAAUUUGAAAACCUUACUCUGUAUGUUAUGUAUUUACCUAAAAAAAUAAAAAAAAUUGAUUUGCAAUAAUACUUUAGCAAGUUACAAUGUCUGACUGUAAGAAUGUGUUUAAGUAAUUUUCAUUUUUGCUUUGUGCAGGUUAACGAAACACUGAAGAGAAUUUUCUGUGGGUAUUUAAAUCUACUGGUUAAUUCAAAAAAUGACAUUGCUUUGGCCCAGGUCCUCAAUUGUCCUGAUAGGGGGCUCGGCAGGGAAGCCUUCACGGACCUGAAACGCAAAUCACGACAGAAUCAGAUGUCUCUGUUUUUGGUAAGAUAACCACGAACAUUGGUCGGUAAAUUAUUGGAAAUUCCAAAUAUUACAAUGAAAACAUUAUAAACAAGUCUGGCCAAUAUCCUUGGCUCUGCAAAUUGUGGUUAAACCUAUAUUGUGCAUAUUUUGUCAAUAAGAGGUGUCAUGUAUGGCUGUAUUUUAAUGAAUCUACAGUUUUUACGAUGCUUCUGGGAUAAAUGAUAAUAUUGUGCCUUGCUAAUGUGGAAGUAACCUUCCACAUUAGACCAUCUGACUUUGGUUAGUAAUAAUAGGUCAGCACUCUUAGCCUUUUAUUGCCAUCCACUGCAAACGUAUGUAUUGCCCAAACUGCAAGCUGAAAAGCCCUUUCUUUUUAUAUUUUACCUUAUUUAUUUUAAAUCCUUUUUAACAGUUUACCACAAACAGGACAGCAACCAAAGACACUCUGGUCCAUAAAUCCCAGAUUAAGUUAUUGCCUGUGAAGCUUAGAAUCCCCCCCCCCCCGUAUGGAUACAGGGGGGAGAAGUUAUAGUAGGAAAUAGGUUUUGGAGCAAGGAAUAACUGGAAUUCUGUGGGGUGUGUGUUUUUUGGGUUUUUUUUGAGACUGUCCUGAAAAAACUAAGCUUGUCUACAAUCUAGUGAGAGCUUUGAACAUUGUGGGGUUUUUUUUGCCAGGUUGCUACAUCGUUUAUCAGAACUCUAGAACUCGGAGGAAAGGGCUACGCACCUUCUGAAUCCGAUCCUUUAAGAAAGCAUGUGAAAGGACUUACUCAUUUUGUUCACUUCAUAGACAAACUAAAUGAAAUUCUUGGAGAAACAAAAGACACAAGGUAUUAAUGAUUACUUUGAAUGGUUUGACAUGGUACUCGCGCUAAACAACUUCACAUUUGUUUGCGCAUCUCUGUUUUGUGCAUCUAUGUAGUCCAGUAACGGUUAAUGUUGGCAGUGCAAAUGUGUUUGUGUUACAUUUCCCAUUGACCUCAGUCUGCCUCUAGGUCAGAAAUAUCUCAAAUUCUGGUGAUGAUCAUCACUGUAUGAAGCAAAAGGACAAACUAAUGGAGAACACAGUGCAAAGUGGAAAAAGAAAUGCGUGAGAAAUUGCAACACACAGAAAGUUUUUAAGUUAGGUGGGAAAUAGGUGUGAAUAGCCAUUCUUAUAGGCUCACUCUCUAAGCACCAUAAUAAAAACUGUGCGUCACUGAAAAACUAUGGUGCAGGGUAGCCAUUCUACCUAAAGUGGCUUAUAGCUGCAGCCAUUUGUAAAAUUGCUGUAGCUAUAACAAACCACAAAGGAGGAUUUGUUUUUAUAAAAUGUUAUCAUUUUUUUUGCGCCAAUUAAUGUGUGUGUGUGUGUGUCUCUAAUGUGCCAAAAGGAAAUUUGCUUUUCUGUUUUUUUUUUGUUUUUUUUUUUUUUGCAAUUUUAAUUCGGAAUCUAUUUAAAAUUUUUAGAAGGGAUUUGAGGGUUUCUGCUUGACUACUUUAUACUUUUUCCAGUAAUGGCUGAUUUCCAGAGAAUUCUCACUGAGAGCUGAAAAAUAAAUCAUGUAUUCAUGACGUCUGUUAUUUCACUUUACAUUCAAAAAAAAUUCUUGGCUUUCAACCACUUUGAUUUUGUUUAUUUUGUUGCAAUCAAUAUGGUAGUGGUAAAUAUUUAUUAAAUGUUGUACGCAGUUUGCGCACAGACUUUAUGAAUGGUUAUUUUGCUUACAAAGGAAGUGUUUUAAACCUUUUGCUGAGAUUCAAGAUCCGUUAAAGGCACACUAACAUUACAUGGUUACUCAAACCACCACCAUUAUUUCAGUGAUUUGAAGUGGCCAUGGUGGUAGGAGUGUGUAUAUGCAGUGAUUUAGCUUGACACACUGCACAUACUUUUUAAUCUACAAUUUUGUGCCUGGGUCUAGUUGCACCCCUGGUACAACUUACUUCCUGGGCACGUUACAGUCCAAAACUCUCAUCAAUUCUGUGCAUAAAAUACGCCUGUCAUCGGCGCACACAGCAUGCUGGCAAUGUGGACAUAUUGAGCCUGCAGUGCCUGUAAGAGGAAGCCUUUUUCUCCACUUACUACUACUCAAGAAAAUUACUACAAAUUCCCGGUGAUUUGUCCGCGCAAAGUCUUGGUUGACAUUUUUUUUUUGUUUUUAUUUAUUUUAAAAAAACAAAAAAAAACAAAGGCCCUUUCUGCUUGCUUUUUACCAAGUAGUCUCCCUGAUGCAGUUGCCCCUCCUCCCCUUUUGAGAUCAUCGGAACACAUUCCAAUCACAUGCUUCUUAAAGACUUGGAAUGCUUCUCAUGGAGAACUGCUGGGCACGCGUGGCAAUCACAGCAUUACAUACUCUGCUGUAUUUAAUAUUCUUUACAUGUUAUCUGCCUAUAUCUGAGCCAAGGCUUUUUGAGUUUCUAGGUCUUCAGAAGGUAGCACCACUAAAUAGAUUAGAUUUCAUGUUAGAAUGUUUCAUUAGAAGGUAUAAUAUCAUUGAUCAAAGGUUUAUUUAAUUAUUGCCUAAAACAAUAAAUAUGCCAGUUACUGGUCUUGAAAGUGCCAUGGCAGUGAAAGGGUAGUUGGGUAGGAUACUAAAAGAAUCUCAUAAGAUGUCCAUUUGAUCUGAUUUGCUCCUGUUCAUAAAUGUGUCUUCAGUAUCCAUUUGUUUUCAUUUUCUUUUGUUCUUCAUUCCAUCCCACUCUUAAGGGAAGCAUUAUUCUUGGAACUGUGUUUAUUCACUGUUUUGACUCUUACUUCUGAUCCAAAAUCUGUAAUAAGUUAUACCUCCUGUGUCCAAGCCUGUCUCUCAUGUCCAAUUUGUCCACUUGCCAUAGAAUGUUGCAUAAUGUUACCGUUCAAAGCAAAUGUGAACACAAUUUUUUUUUUUUUUUUUCCUUUCUGGCUUUUUUUAAAUGCAUUUUUUUUUUGCACACUUUAUAUGCAUAAUGACAAAUUUUGAUCUUAUAUCCUUGGUUUUCCAAUAAUGUAUUUUAUCUUUUAUUUUUUUUCUUAAACAAAAUAUUCAGUUUGAUGGCAUUGUCAAGAAUUCCGCUUAAAGACACUCUCUAGGUACAGACUGCUGGGCUCAAAUUCAGUGUCGCCUCCCCCCCCACACUCUUCAGGAAGAUGCUGAAUUCUCCCUAUAGACAUGCGUGCCCAGCUGCGAUUAGUUGUCUGGUGCCAGCAUGCCAGAGAUUAAGUUACACUUUUAGCAGCACAGGGGUUAAUCUCCAUAUGUGCAGCGGUUUUUCUUACUGAAACAUUGUAUAGGCUCCAGGUACCAUGACCACUCUAAGCACUAUGGCCACUUCAGUAUUGCUAAAGUUUGUAUUCCUUAUAGGUACACAUUGAUGUUUUUUUCGUAUAUAUUUCUUCAUUUAUUUUUGAUGUUGUGCUUAAAAGUAAUUAAAAGUAAUUAUGAGGCAAAGUGGAGUGAUUUGGAAACUUUUUUUUGUGCAUCACUUCUGUCUGCUUAAUAUCUUGCAUUACAGAUCAUUUGUAGCCAAGCAUCACAAAAAAUAAAUAAAAUAAAAUAAAAAAUUAAAAUAAACCUAUAGUGACUUCUUUAUAAAGUGUACUAAUAGUUUAAUAAUCACCACUAAAACCAACAGUAUAUUGCCGUGUUUCUACCUCCAGUAUUCAAGAUAGAGGUACUUGCCACUUUUUCCUACUGUUAUUACUGGCAUUUUAUAAGGUGCCAACAUGUUCCUCAGCAUACAUUUGGGAGGGGGUGGGUGUUUGGGAGGAGCAGGGGUGGCGGGGGGUGGGGGGGGAGACAGUACAAUACAAAAGGUAAAGACGUCCUGCUUGUGAACAUAGAUCUAGCCAUUGAACUUAUUUUUUUUAAAAUUAUUUAUUUUUUAUAUGCAAGGUGCCCAGUUACAUAGCCCAUGAGCUUACAAUCUAAAGGAUAUAAUGGGGAUUUUAGACAAGAGGUAGUAGGGGGAAUUUGGAAGUGAUGGCCAGAGAAAAUGAAAAGAAACUUUGCAUCUACUGUUACUGUGUGAUUGGGAAAAGGGAGUAAGAGUAAAAUCUCAAACCACUAGCAUUCUAUAAAUUUAGAAGGAAAUUUGGGAGUGUAGAACUUGGAAAAAAUCUAACCGUCCUAAGAAACAGAUAGGGAUGGAGAUAAGACCUUUGUAUGAAGGCAUUUACAGCCAGGAACGACAAAGGAUGGAGAGAGAGGGUGGAUAAAGUUCAAAAGUUUACCAAUUAGAUUCUAUCACCCCAAAUUUUAAUAACUACGUACAUGAAAUAUUGGUGGAAUGCAUUCACACUGAAAAUAACUAUGUAGAGAAAAUUAUACUGGUAAGCUGGUAUAAAUGGUUAAGUAAGAUUUAUAACAAUUUGUAAUAUGGUGAUAAAUGUAGAAUAACUGAGGUGGACAAUCUUCCAAGGUUCCACAAUAAUGUGCAAAUGUGUAUUAUAUUUUUGUUUAUUGGUUUCUUUCUUCAAUGCUUUAUUUGUAUUUUUAAUUCACUUGUAUUCGGUCUUGUUGAGCAUUAAUUAAAGUCACUUUUAAAACUUAUUUCUUUAGCCAUUCAGAUUAAAGUGAAUUGAUUUUCAGGGCAGCCUUUUAAAAUACUACUGUUGAAAUCGUACCUGACUUAUAAAACCAUACUCGGGUCACUGGAUGCCUGUUUUUCAGAACUGCAGGAGAGAUGAUCCUAUCCACAAUAAAGACACAUCUGAUAAAAGGCAGAGGCAGCGGGGAUCCACUUAGUGAAGCAGCAACGGAUGUUGCACAAGAUUUGGAUUUAAGGAUUAAAAACCUUAUUAACUUUUCCUAUGAGGAUGGAAAUGGGAACACCACAGGCAUCAGUCCAGCACGGGUAAGAGAAGUGUUUUAUAAAUUACAUGUGUGCAUAAAACAAAUGUGAUAUAUUUUUGGCUUACGAUACCCUAUUGGGCAUUGCUAAUAGCCCUCCUCCAUUAUAAAACAAAGAGAAAUAGUUUAAACUUGCCUGUAAUCCAGCGCUGGGUAAAGCUCCCGGUGCCGAUCACACUCAUUCGCCUGGCGUCAGCAGGAGCUUUGCAUGGUCCAAUCAAAGGCUUCUCAUGCACAUGUGAAGAGACUAAUUAUAACAUGAUUUUAAAAAUAGGAUGGAAAAUGAGCUUUAACUUGUUGGCAUAAUGCCUUCAAGGGAGAAGAUUGUUUUGUCUGCCCAUGUGCAGUGAGUGCUGAUGAGAUGUAAAUUUGGCACAGAAUUGACACAUGGCAGAUUCUGGGUUGCCAAAGUCAAGUGCUGGCCCCAGCAUACAAGUGCAAAUAUCUCUGAAUGUGCUGCAUUUCAAGACUUCUACCACAAUGAAUACUUCAAAUCACUGAAGUGGUCAUGGUAGCUGCAGUAAUCCUUGUUAUACUUUUACAACUCAUUCUUAAAAUGACUGUCAUCUCACAAACAUUUUUGAGAAACUGGGAAUCUUUAUGAAAUAGUCUGUUUCAUAAAGAUUUACUGUUUUGGAAUAUCUUUUUAAAUUCCAACGCAGUCAGAGAUACCAUACGACAAAGAAGGGGACGCUUUCGUCUUAUGGGUUUUCAACCUUCCUGCAUUUGGACUUAAUUAGCCAGUUGGAAACCAGAAUUCCAAAUGGCUAAUGUGAAUUAUGUGCAUAUUUGGCAUCUGUCAGCAUGCUGGCAAAAGAAUUCCAAUGGUGACAUGACUGCUGCCUAUGUCCUCUCCUCAGCUUGUUAUUCCUCUUCAUCCCUAUGCCAAUAGCUUGGGGCAGAGGAGGAUCUGGCUGUAGGGAGAACUUGGUCUCUGCAUUGGAUUAGAGGAAAUUAUUAUUAUUUUUUUAAUAUAUAUAUUAACCCCUUAAGGACACAUGACAUGUCAUGAUUCCCUUUUAUUCCAGAAGUUUGGUCCUUAAGGGGUUAAUAUAACCUUGACUUGGGAAGGGGAAAUGCAAGGGUAACUUAUCAAAACCAGUGUUUUCUUACAACACUGUUGAUUGUAGUAACCCUUUAAGGACACAUGACAUGUGUGACAUGUCAUGAUUCCCUUUUAUUCCAGAAGUUUGGUCCUUAAGGGGUUAAUUGGCAUUUGUUAGGAUUUAUUUGUGUAUGUAAAUUGGGUCGGUAUACCUUACACAGGUGGCAACAUCAACAUUGCAAAUACUUUUGUGACCACGGUACGUCCAUGAUAAUCAUUCUUUGUGUGAGGCAAAAAAAAUCAAUGUAUUUAAUGACACUAAUAAAGCCUGACACGGGUUUCACCAUUCAUAUUUCCAUUAUGGAAAAAAUACUAAAUGCAUAAAGGCAUGUACACAAGCCUGUACCUUCAGAGCAUUUAUCUUGCAGUUUUGUUCAAACUUGGGGAAAGUGCUACUAUACAAACUAAUUACUUGUAUGUAGUGUAUAUGUCAAUGCACACAAAGCCCUUCUUACUGAAGAGGAUGUUUGACGAAAUGUAAUCUAUUUACAGCCUCGAAUCCAUGCAAUAAAUCGUGGCACUGCUUCAAUUGAUAGAGAAACUAUAAAAAUGUUACUACUACUUUUGGAUGAAGAAGCUGCAUGUCUCCCCAGCAAAAACAAGGCAGAGUUGCUGUGUGCAGAUGAAGAUUCUACAUUGUUUGGAGCCUUCUCUCUUGUAACGCUAUUUAGGUAUUUUAUUGCACUUUUUCAAAUUUCCGUGUAGAAUAUAUUUUGUGAACGACUGUGUCCUUUGUGGCCAAAUUCAAAUACUGUAAUUUUAAUGAGUUUUAAUUAUUCUAUGCCGUCCAUCACCUAUUCAUCUGUCUGUCUGUGUAUAACAGGGAAAUUUUUUAUUUUUUUUUAAAACAAAAUUUUCAGCCUUCUUAAACAAUUGCAGAAUUGCUUAAAUUGUUAGCAGCUUAUUACAGAUUUUUACUUCUAUUGGUGGUGCUGAAGGGGUAAAAACCCCGCCGACGUCAGCUCCCCUGUCUGACGCCAGCGGAGCGGAAUUUCUCAAUGCUUUCCUAUGGACGCUCUGCGUGAUGGAGGCAUAAUAUGCCUCCAGCGUUGCAGAUGCGCCUCUAGUGGCUGUCCGGAAGACAGCCACUAGAGGCUGGCUUAACCCCAAAUGUAAACAUAGCAGUUUCUCUGAAACUACUAUCUUUACAGCAGGCAGGGUUAACCCUAGAGGGACAUGGCACCCAGCCCACUUCAUUGAGCUGAAGUGGUCUGGGUGACUAUCGUGUCCCUUUAAAGUGCUAUCAUAUAUAUAUAUAUAUAUAUAUAUAUAUAUAUAUAUAUAUAUAUAUAUAUAUAUAUAUAUAUAUAUAUAUAUAUAUAAUUUUUUUUUUUUUUUUUUGGAGUUUUAAUAGAUAUAUCUUGUAGUCUAUACAUUUCCUUGUGAUUUGGCAUAAUGCAUAGAUUAAGUGUAUAUUUGUGUAAAAGUGAUCUUGUAAUCCUCCUCUUUUGUUGUACUAAAAUGAUAUAAAUCUGUGUUCAUGCAGAUAUGUUUUAUGCUAAUCAUAAAUUAUUAAUUCUGGUUUAAUAUACAUUUUCAUUUUGUAGGUCACCUGAGCAAUGUAGUGGGUUGUCUCCGAAACCUCUCAGUCAACGUGUACAGAAAUGCACUAAAGAAAGUAAACCCAAGGUAGAAUAGUUUUUUCUUUACCUAUUAAUGGCUUGCAAAAUGUUCUAAUGAUUACACCAGCCUUUAAUAUUGCUGUCCAAAUUUAGAUGACCUUUUAAGGGUAAUAUGGAAGUAAAAUAUCUGUAUUAACUUGGCAGAAGUGGAUAGAAUAAUGUCCAGGUUUUUAAAUAAUUGUAAUAUACCUCCCCUUCUGAUGACAAUCUCUUCCCUAUUACUAAACAGGAAUUCCCUCUCAAUAUCCCGCAUUGGCAGACCCCACUAAUACAAAGUAAUAUUUUUUCAAAACACCUAUAUUCUCUUCCAUGCCGACACCCACUCCGUACCAUCUCUAAAAUUAUUACACAUUAGCUCUUUCCCAAAUCUGUUUUCCAAACCUUGAAUAACUAAAUCUAGCAAAUAUAUGCAGAGUAAAGAAGCACAAUUGUAAAUCAAUUAUGUUAUUGUCUGGCUCACUAUCUGGUGACUCCCACUACGUGGGCCAUACUCCUCUAUCCCCAAACAUGUAAUGACUAACACACACUAUUAAACUGAACCCAACAGGCAUGGGAAGCUGUAUUCCAGUCUGGGACUGCAUCACACACACUUCUUUCUCUCAUAUAAAGCAUUCCCCUAUUUCAUGUAUACUCCUUCUCCUCUGUCCAUUCUAUGACUAGAUCACCGUUUCUUUUCAUAGAUUCAAAUUAAAAAAAAUAGCCUUACACCUAUAAAAUGGGGCAAGAUUUUCCUUACAUAUUAGAGGUAGUGCAACACUAGGGAUAUCUCCAUUUCCUUCAGACAUGACACUAUAAAAAAAUAAAAUAAAACACAAAAAUGUUAAGAUCCAUCAAUCCUUCCUCCCAUUUCCUCUUUAGACUAUAAAAUCCCCCAAAGACCAAAUGCCCUAGAAAGUACACAACCCAAAAAUCAUCCAAAAAUAAUUUAUGAAAUAAGGAGGGCCAUAUAAGUGCACUCCCUCUGAUCUAGAACAAUGUGCUUCCCAAUGAGUUCCUGCAAAUUAUUACUUAAUUAACUUAGUAACCCGUCAGAUACUUUCUUAUCUAUAAAGAAGUUAAGUUCACUGGCUUAUCAAUUCCAGGCAAGAAUUUUGAACUCUUUUGAAAAUAGGAACCAGAUAUUCUUUCCUCCAAUUUUUGAACGAAAAGAAUCCUGAAAGAUGAAAAACUCUUUCCACACUUAGCUCAUUAAAGGGAUACUGUAAUGCUAGGAAUACAAAGCUGUAUUCCUAGCACUAUAGCUCCCUUGUGCCCCACCGCCCUGCAAUUAAGUGUUAAAAUACCCUUAAUGUACUUGCCCAAUCCCAGUGCCGAUGUCCCUUGGCGCUGGUCAGCGCUCCACCUCCUUCGAUGUGGGGUGCUAAGGCGUUUGUGCAGAAAAAUAAUUAGGCCCUCCCCAUAGGAAUGCAUUGCUGCAAUGCUUUCCGAUGGGGUUUUGCUUUACGCUGGACUGUCUCAUGCAGAGCGUGAGGAAGUCCAGCAUAAUUUAGGUGACCAAAUAUAGGGCCUAACCACAAGGAAGUGUCAUUAGUGGCUGUCCAUAAUUACAUUGCAGGCUUAUCAGAAACUGCAAUAAUUACAAUUACAAUUGCAGGGUUCAGGGGACAGGGACAUUGCACCCAGACCUAUUCAAUGAGCUGAAGUGGUUUGGGUGGCCUAUAGUACUCAUAGGCCUAUAUUGUGUGUAUUUAAAUUUUAUUUUUUUAAGUACUCAAGUGAAUGCCGUCAGGCCCCUGGGGCUUUGUUUACAUUAACUUUCUUUAGUGGAUGCAGAACUUGUCUUGUCAUCCAAUCACAUUUUCUUUCUGCAAAUUCUUUGCAGCAAUCAUUUGCAUAUCUCUUGCCAUAGGUUCCUUAAUAUAUACUGAGGACAUAGUUCUGUGUCUUCAUUAACCAAAACACCAUCUGUUUUCAGUGUACCUACACUUAAUUUUUGUUUUUAACCCCUUAAGGACACAGCUUCAGAAGCUUGUCUUAAGCUUAAUGACACAAGCAAUUUUUGCAUUUUCUUGCUGUAUGCGUUCAACUGCAAUUUGCAUCUCUCUCGUUUGUUGCACCGACACAUAUUCUAUACUGUUUUUUUUUUUUUUUUUAAAGGACAGAAAGGGCUUUAAUUUGUUGUAAUAUAUAUAUAUAUAUAUAUGUAAUAUAUAUAUAUAUAUAUAUAUACACACACACACACAAAAAAGGAGAGAAUUUGUGUUUUGUUUUUUUUUUGUACAGUUUUUGCAAUAAUAAUGUGUGCCUAAUUAGUGCAGGUUAAAGAAAGUAAUUAAAAAUAAAUUAAUUUAGUUGUUCUGAUUUACAGAAUAUAUAAUGUGUCUGGGAUUUUAAAUUUUUUUUAUUUUUUUUUUAUUUAUUUUUUUGGGGGGUAGUUACAGGUCACAAAGCACAAGGAGUAAAAUAAACUUUUAAUGUGGAGCGAUUUUAGAAUUUGGUAUGUUUGUCUUGUAAGCUUAAUAGCCAUAAAAGAAAACAAAAUUGCCACACAAAAGUAUAUAUUUAGAUAAAGUAGACAUCAUAGGCUAUUGUCCUAAGAUUGUUUUGACACUUUCUACCUAGCUAUUUCACCGCCAAUCUCUGCUAAAUAUUGGAGUCAAAUUUAUUUUUUGGGGGUUUUUGGCACACAAACUUAUAACAAAGAACUUCUCAUGUGUAUUUUGUAAAGUUGGUGUGUGCUAUUCCUGUAUUUUGUGUUCAGUUGCUUCUGCUGAGUACAACAAUAUCCCCAUUGUAUGUCUUUGGCACUAUUUCGUGAAGCUACAGUGCCAUAUAGGAGACCUGUCCGUUUCAACAUUUACAGUAGAAUUUUGAGAGGCGGAUUAAAUGGGCCUAUGCUUCAAUUUGGGGUAUUAUAGCAGUUUGACUGUUCAAAAAAAAAGAAAACACAAAGGCCUACCAUUUGUAAAAGUAGACACUCCAGGGUAUCUCAUAUUUUGCCUUAAUAUGUCCCCAUUUUUUCACCAAUAUAUGCCAAAGUAUGUGGUAAAAAAUAAUUUUGGGCAUAUUUUACAUACGGAUUAUUUUUGCUGGGCAUUUUGUACAUUUCAUAUGUGCCACUAAGUUCAAACCCCCCAAAUUAUCCUCAGCUAAGUCUUCGGAGUAAAACAAUAUGCCCAAUGUAUGACCUAGACACUAUUUUGUGAAGUUACACUGCUGUAAAAGAGACAUGGCAAGUUAAGGUUUUUAAGUGUGAAUUUUCAUGGCGAGUUCUGAUGCGUCCGUGUCCCACUUUCGAGCACUUGAGCAGGCUACAUAUUACAGCUGCACCAUAAAGGCAUACCAUUUCUUAAAGAAGACAUCCCAGGGUAUUUCAAAGGGCAUAUUUUGAACCUUAGCAUGGGAUAAGUUUUCCGCUAGCUUGUACAAAGUGUAGUGGUAAUAAGCUUUUUUUGCCUUUUUGACACACAAAGUGAGUUUGCACAGUAUUUUGCAAAUCGUAUGUAUGCUACGACUGUAUAAUAAUUCAUAUGUUGCUCAGCUAUGUGGGCUGAGUACAGCAAUACCCCCGUAUGUACCUUUGCCUGGUAUAUGUGGACAUCGGAGGGGCACAUUUGGGCACAACCAUUACAGUUCUUUUCAAACUUUAAACUUUUACACUGUGUCCAUGUCUCAUUUUAGAGUAUUUUACCAGGCUAUAUAAUCCAAAUAUCCAUUAAAGCCAUACCAUUUCUUAAAGAAGACAUCCCAGGGUAAUUCAAAAGGCAUAUUUUGAACCUUAGCGUGGGAUAAUUUUUCCGCUAGCUUGUAGUGGUAAUGAGCAUUUUUUUAAUGUAUUUUUUUUACUUUGUAAAACUUUUUUUACUUUGUAAAACCCGUUUGUAAACUUUUUUUUACUUAUUAAAUGUUUUACACUUAACUUUUUACAUUUUUUUUUCUAAACUUUUCUUUUACAGUUAACCUCUAACUAGCAGUAAGCAGCACUAACAGUAAAUUCCUCCCCCUUUCCCAUAACUCCCACCCACUCCAGCUAGCAAAAUAUAUAUAAUUAUAAAAUAUUUAAAUUAAAUAAAUUGAACCCCUGAGGGUUAAAAAAUAAGUAAAAGUUAAUCCUCAAGGGUUAAAAAAAAUUAGAUUACAGUAUAAUCUAUAUUUUGAUCAGCUGGCAGGGAAGGGGUUAAUUUUUAUUUAGACUGGGUAACAUAGAAACAUAGAAACAUAGAAUGUGACGGCAGAUAAGAACCAUUCGGUCCAUCUAGUCUGCCCAAUUUUCUAAAAACUUUCAUUAGUCCCUAGCCUUAUCUUAUAGUUAGGAUAGCCUUAUGCCUAUCCCACGCAUGCUUAGACUCCUUUACUGUGUUAACCUCUACCACUUCAGCUGGAAGGCUAUUCCAUGCAUCCACUACCCUCUCAGUAAAGUAAUACUUCCUGAUAUUAUUUUUAAACCUUUGUCCCUCUAAUUUAAGACUAUGUCCUCUUGUUGUGGUAGUUUUUCUUCUUUUAAAUAUAGUCUCCUCCUUUAAAGAGGAGUGGUGGGUUUUUCUUUUACUUAAACGUUACUAAAACUUUUUUAAACUUUUUUUUUUUAACCUUUUUUAUCAGAUGACAUUAAAAUGUAUACCCUGCCAAUUGAUCACUGUAGUCAGUGAUCAAUUGGCAGAGAAGGGGUUCAUUUUAUUAAAGCAGGGGAAAGGAGUCGCGGCGAUCUGGGGUUAACUUUUUAGUAAAUGACGGAAAUUUUCCCUCAACAGUCCUUAACUGAAGGACAACGUUUAACGGAAAAUUUCCGUCUGCGUUCCGGAAGGGGUUAAAAUUUAUGUAAAAUAUUCAUAAUAUAUACAUUUAUGUGUAUUUUACAUAAAGUAUAAAAACAAAAAAUUGUGUGUGUAUUUAAAAAUUUAUUUUCUUUCUUUUAUAGUUUUUUUUCCGUUCUGUUAAAAAUGCCCAUACUUGCUAGAAUGGCUUUUGAUCUAGUACAUUAUUUUGACAAAUUUCUAUUUCACCAUUUUGCUACAAAUGUUCAGCACUAUUUUUUUCUUUUUUCUGCACACGUGAUUCAAUGUAAAGAUUUUGUUCAGAUUUAUUUAAUGUUAAAAAAAAUUGUUAUAAAAGAUGUGUGGAUUUUGAAUUUUUUUUUUUUUUUUUUUAACCCCCUUUAGUUGAAACAGAAUCUGAUCAAAUCUCAGUUUGCAUGCACAUAUAAAGAUAGUAACCUAAUGCAAAUAAAGCCAGGUGACUUCCCCAGUAUGAGCCAAGUUCCUACAUGUGUUCAUCCAGCACCAAAGAUUGUUCCAGCACUCUGUUUUGAUGAAGACACCAAUGGUAUGUUAUUAAUGUCCGUUAACUACAUAUUUUAGCAAAGAUUCCGCAAGGAGGCGAUGUCAAAUUUUAAUCCUAUGAUUUAAUGUAAACAGAGGACUAAACAAGCAGAGGAUUCAUAUCUUAGAGUACAGUCUACAUAUGUAUGGUAGGCAAUAUUUGUAUAAAUAAAAUGAGACCCCACAAUAACCACAGACAAAGUUUAAUUACUUUUCAAUGGGCUUGGUCAUGGUGUUUAUUCAAAGCUCAAGAGGCUUACAACCAUAACUUUGUAACCAUAACCAUAUAACAUAUGGUUCACCACCUUUCUAAACUUUUAACUUUAUUAACCACCAUAUUGCCAGUCAGUCAUAACUGACCUGACUGCCUUCUAUUUAAAACAAUUUACCACCAUAUCCUUCCUCAGAACUUGACCCAGAGGAUGACUUUUGCCCCAAUGCUUCAUAACACCACGACAAUACAAUUAAAUAAAAGUAAAGGGAGUGGGGUGAUGUCCACCUGCACUGUUCCUGCUGCAGUCAACUCUGACAGGAUUAAACAUGUGCUGCUUCUUUUUAUACUGUUCCAGUUUCCCGCUCUUUUUCUGCUUGCUACUUUCAACCAAUCCCAGGCCAGUUUCAGCCCCCAGAAACAGCUGUGCCAUCAAUUCUGCCCAGAUACCUGUCUAACUGACCAACUAUCACAAGAUGUAAAAUCCCUCACAUUCAAAUCCUAGACACAACAGAUUAACUACUUCAUUGCCACCAUAUAUAUAUGACACAGUGCUUAGUGCCUGUGGCUUCUUAAUUGUUUAUAAAAGAUUCUAGAAAAUGAUUCUACUUGACUACAUUAACAGAAAAGGCUUUUGGUAACCGUGACCGCACUGUUAAAUUGCUUUAUGACCAAUGUUGACAAUGCAUCAUGAGAAGUUAGUGUGACUUGCUUGGGAAGCAGUUAUAAAGUACUUGAUGAUCGGUAACAUGAUACUUUAUCCCUUCAUUGCAGAUGUGACCAGUGUAGAAUAUUAAAGGGCCACUAUAGGCACCCAGACCACUUCAGCUUAAUGAAGUGGUCUGGGUGCCAGGUCCAGCUAGGUUUAACCCUUUUUGCUGUAAACAUAGCAGUUUCAGAGAAACUGCUAUGUUUACCUAUGGGUUAAUUCAGCCUCUAGUGGAUGUUUCAUUGACAGCCGCUAGAGGCGCAUCUGCGCUUCUCACUGUGAUUUUCACAGUGAAAAGACGCCAGUGUCCAUAGGAAAACAUUGUCAAUGCUUUCCUAUGGACUGGCUGAAUGCGCGUGGCUCUUGCCGCGCAUGCGCAUUCAGCCAGGGACAUCAGAAGAGGGAGAGUCCCCAGCGCCGAGGGAGCCCGCCGCUGGAAAAAAGGAAGGGAUUAGCCCCUUCCUCCCCCUUCAGCGCCAUGGAAGUGGGAGCCUGAGGGUGGGGGCACCCUCAGGGCACUCUAGUGCCAGGAAAACAAGUGUUUUCCUGGCACUAUAGUGGCCCUUUAAUUAAAAAACAAAUCUUUUAUUGGAAAGCUGUAUGAAAAAAGCAAUUGACUUUUCAAACCGGUCAUCUAGAUUUACUUGUAGUGCAGCAUAAGUUUAUGAAAGGUACCUUGUGGAGUCAAGAGGAUUAUAUUCUAGAUUUAGUAGGGCUUGCCUAGAAAAUAUUCUUGGUUUUUACAAAUAAAAUGUUUGUUAUAUUUGCGUAAAGAUCCCCACUGUCUCUAUAUGGUUACUGAAACUGCAUGUAAGAAGUACCUCAAAGGCUACAUGCCACGUCCCAUGAUGUGUGGUUCGGGUGUCAUUUAUCAGCAGGUGGCUGCAAGGUUGUAACAACUUGUUCAAGUCUCCACUUAUCACGUGUAAAUUCUUUUGUGUUCCGAGGUGUUAGGAUAGGUAGGUAUACAAAAAAGUGUAUAUUGCACACUCUGCUCCUUAAAGGUGCUUGGUUAGCACAACUUGUACACAACCUUUGCAAAACAACAAAUCAGGUGUCUGCAAUUUUUGCACUAAGGAAAACCCUUUUUAUGUGUUUAAACAUUUGAUAUGCUACCAUUACCAUCAUGUUACAGGUCAUGGUGCAUGACUGACUGGAUAUUGUAUUUUAAGUUUUACCACAAAUCAGAACAAUAUGAUUAAUGGCCAUCUGUUUAAACCAAAUUCAAACAUUUAUAUGGUUGUGGCUCAAAUAAAAUGGAAUCGAAUGUUACACAGGAACACUACAAUAACGCAGCUUCAUAAUUAACAUAUUCUUCUCACUCACUGCAGACGUGCGUGUGGAAAGACGAGGACUUCAAUCAAUUUCUGGAAACAUAAAUGUCAGUGAUACAGAUGUGAAAAGAAAAGGCAAAGCAUCCAAGAGCACAAAGAGGAAGAAAGUAGACAUGAACAGUGAAAACCUCAAUGAUCGAGACAAUGAACCUCCUGGAAAGAAAAGCAUGUCUCAGCUAACCUCUACAAAACCAAAAGACUCCUCUAAACAAACCUCAAGAAUCAGCAGUAAAACCACACCUAAAAAUAAACUGAUCGCAGGACAAGCCAAGUUAACAACCUUUUUUAGACUGUAA